AUGUCAAUUCUAGAGUACAAUGGAGCUGCCAUUAUCGCCAUGGCGGGAGAUGGCUGCGUCGGAAUCGCGGCGGACCGUCGCUUGGGUGCCCAAUUGCACACCAUUGCCACGGACUUUACCAAGUGCUUUCGCAUGGCUCCCAAGUUGUAUGUGGGACUAGGUGGAUUGGCCACCGAUGUGCAAACCUUGCAUCAGCUUUUGGAAUUCCGAAUGAACUUGUACACGCUCAAGGAAGAACGUGAAAUGACGCCGCAAGUCUUUUCUCAUUUGUUGUCUCAUUUGCUUUAUGAAAAGCGCUUUGGGCCUUACUUUGUAGAGCCUGUGGUGUGUGGCCUUGACGAGAAGGGAGAACCCUUUCUCAGUGGAAUGGAUCUCAUUGGAGCUCCUGUGACUGCCAAGGACUUUGUGGUUACUGGAACUUGUACAGGAAACUUGUUUGGUAUGUGCGAAUCCCUUUACAAGCCAAAAAUGAACCCAGAUGAACUCUUUGAAUGCUUGGCACAAUCUUUGCUGUCGUCUGUAGACAGAGACUCAGUGUCUGGUUGGGGAGGUAUCGUUCACAUCAUUACAAAGGAUAAUGUCAUUACCAGAGAACUCAAGGGAAGAAUGGAUUAA